AGUCAAGAUGACAGAUUUGCUUUCACUGCUGAAUGGUAUGACUCAAAUGCUUCACUCUUUCGGCGUUAUGAACUUCUCUAUUAUCCAAAAGAUGGAUCAGUUGAAAUGUACGACGUGAAGAACCGUCGGACCUUUCUGAAGCGCACCAAGUACGAGCCCUUACACCUGGAGGACUUGUUUGUGGGCAACAAGAUCACUGUUUUUGCCCGUCACCUCUCCUUGGUGGACUACGGGGAUCAAUACACAGCCCGCAAGCUGGGGAGCCGCAAAGAGAGAACUCUGGCUUUGAUUAAACCUGACGCCAUGCCCAAGAUUGGAGAAUUAAUUGAUAUCAUUAUUAAUGCAGGAUUUACCAUAACUAAAGCCAAAAUGAUGAUGCUUUCAAGAAAAGAAGCAGCUGAUUUCUACGUAGACCAUCAAUCAAAACCAUUUUACAGUGAGCUUCUCCAGUGUAUAACCAGCGGUCCCAUUGUUGCUAUGGAAAUCUUAGGAGAUGAUGCAGUUUGUAAAUGGAAAACAUUACUGGGGCCAGCAAACUCUGCUGCAGCUCAGACUGAUGCACCAGACAGCAUCAGAGCCAACUUUGGACACGAUGGGCUAAGAAAUGCAGCUCAUGGCCCAGAUUCAGUUGCUUCAGCUGCUCAAGAGCUGGAGCUUUUCUUUCCUUCCAGUGGAGGUCAUGGACCAGUCAACAGUGCAAAAUUCACCAACUGUACCUGUUGCAUUAUUAAGCCUCAUGCAGUUAAUGAAG